GUUUCUAAAGGUGGGGAGGUGUUCGUCUUCGAGUGAUCAUUCGAAAAGAUCCAACGAUCUUUCUCUUCCGUUCUUGACUGCACGGCCACCGGCCUUACAUUAGCUAGUACACUCGUUCCCCCGAACCGACCGUGCUGAAGAAGGCGGCAGCAAAGCAAGAUGUUCUGUAGUCACCAUGAUCAAGACUGAUAGCAAACGCGAGGAGCAUGAAGAGAUUUUUGACCAUGAAGAACCACCAAGCAAGGAAGAAACAGCGAGACUCUUACCCUUGGGCGCCAAUUUUCCCGAUGUCGUCUUUGAAGAACAUCUUCAGAACGACCAAGCGACGGAACAACGACAAGGUUUGGUGGGCUUGGGACCUUUGACCAUUACUCUCGUCCUAUUCUUCUUGAGUAUCGUUGUGCCGGAAUUUAUUUUUCGCCAGAGCAACAACGUUGGACUCUUCCAAGGUCUCACCGAUGAUAUGAAGUACAGUCUGGUCCGUGCGGCCUUUGCCAUGCCGCCCAUGUUCAUGUUCUUAAACUGGGCGUUCUUUCAUGUUUCUGUCCACGCCGUGAUCCUCUUGAAUGGCCACCGACAUCGAGAUCGUGACGGUGAAGAUGAGAAUGAGAAAAAGAACGCUGGUGGUUCUAGCGCUCUUCGACUGAGUAAAAGACCAAAAAGACAACAAAUCAUUCAACCGGAAAACCCCAAUGUCUGGAAAAGCAUGUUCCAAAUCAAUUGGGCUGCUGGAUUAUUGACAAUCAUCAUUAUAAUUACCUAUCUCAAACUGAUAGCCAGCACCGUCAUCAGGGAAGAGUUUCAAGAAAAUACAAUCCGAUUGUUGAAUCUGUCCAUGGGAUUCACCCUCCUGGUGGGAUGGAUCUCCUUCCUCGAAGGUCUUCAUGAUGGAGCCCAUGGGUAUGCGGAUCGUGUCGAAAAUAUUCUUCAAAACAAUCAAAAGCUCUCCAAGCUACGAUCCAUCGUUUCCUACAGCUCCUCGUUUCAAGAUUUGGAAGUGGACGUCAUUCAUGGCAUUCCCGGUGGCAUUCACAGUCGACAUCCUCACAGUCCUGCCCGAGUCUUGGCCAAUGUCCUUGGCAUUUACGUCUUGUUGGGAGAAUUUGUUGGUCUCUUUUUGCUGCUCUUGUACUUUAUCGGGGUGGACCUCUAUGAAAACAUUGUGGUAGUGGGCCUUUCCGUCCUUUUUACCGUUGUCUUGACCGCCCUCCAUCUUGGCGAAGCCGUGGGCAGUCUGGUACCACUGGUACUCAGCAAUAGCAUUCAUGUCGGAGAAAUCAUUUCCGUCACAAGACCGGGGUUCAAGCCAGGGAAUGACCCCAAAGAAUUCAUCACAGGCUUUGUGGAAGGCAUCACCUUGGGCCAUGUCGUGGUACGUGACUUUACUCGAAAACAGGUUCACAUCCCCCAUUCGGAAUUCCGGGAUUUGGUUUUGACCAAUUGGUCACGACGACCGACCAAGACGUGUCAUUUUUGCCUUCAUGUCCAAUUGGGACUAGUAGACGCUGCCGUGCCCUUGGCACAGUUGGCAUCCUUUCUCAAGCGAUGGAUUGAUGCCCAUCCGGGGAUUGACAAGGAAAACUACAUCAAGAGUGUGGCCAAGAUGCGAUCUGAAGGACAGGCGUUGGAGGUCAUUUUUUAUCCUGUCAUGAAAUACGAUGCCAAUCAACUACGGGCCGAGUUUUUGGUGGCGGUAGCGGGAGCAGCCAAACGUUUGGACAUUUGCAUUCUUCCCGUGGAGAUGAGAAUAUGGUAUCCUCCUGGAUGUGCCAACGGUGACUCUUACAGUGGCGGUGGAGUUGGAGGAGGAGCGAGAGAACAGCAGGGCGAACCAUUGCGUGAGGAUGAUCCACCGGACCCCGCAACUGUGGAUACCUUGCUGGAGGAUCUCAUGCCCUCUGAGUCUCUGACAAAGAAGGCGGGGUAUCCCCCAUCCAGCUAGCCAGUUCAGCUUGACUAGAGCGGGUGCCUCCCAGCUAUUGAAACAGGAAUGAAAUAAGAAAUGUCAAAUUUCCUCUGGUGGCCAUAGUCAGUCACUGCCACAUGCACCCCUGGAUAAGAAGUGUGCUUGUGAAACGGUCUGAUCCAGAGCCCCUCCCCAAGACUGAUGACCUACUUCAGAAUCUAAUGGUCAAUUGGCACUAAUCGAAAUUCGAUGCUUCCACCAGCCAAAUCUGCUUUCGUUGGCUAGCUGGCUACAUCGGAGUGCACGAAGCUAGCUAGUAUUGGGUCAAGCUUAGGGGAAGAGGAUAGUUUUGAUUGCUAGUAGUGUUACUAUGGUACAUACAAGUACUAGUAUCAAUUUCACAACAUCAU